AUGAAGUUCUCCAUCGUCUUCGCCGGCCUCUUCGCCUCCGCCACCAUGGCCUCCCCCCAGGGCAACAUCACCCCCAACACUAUGGGCGCCCUCGAGCGACGCGCUUCCUUCCCUAUCCCCGCCUCCAAGGGAUCCGUCACCUACAAGAAGGCCCAGACCAUCUCCGGCACCUUCGACGGUGGCAUGAAGACCUACGGCCGUGGCGUCAAGUGCACUGGCCAGGUUGAGGGCACCGACGCCGACGCCGUCUUCAUCCUCAAGAACGGCGCUACCCUCAAGAACGUCAUCAUUGGCGCUGAUCAGAUCGAGGGUGUUCACUGCGAGGGCUCUUGCACCAUCGAGAACGUCUGGUGGAAGAAGGUCUGCGAAGAUGCUCUCUCCCUCAAGGGUGACGGUAACGCUCUCAUCAAGGGCGGUGGUGCUACCGGUGCUGAGGACAAGGUCAUCCAGCAUAACGGUCUCGGAACGGUCACCAUCGAUGGUUUCACUGUUGUUGACUUCGGUAAGCUCUACCGAUCUUGCGGUAACUGCAAGAAGAUGGGCACCCGCAACGUUGUCGUCAAGAACGUCAAGGCCUUCAACGGAAAGGUCCUCACUGGCAUCAACUCCAACAAGGGCGAUAUCUCCACCAUCACCGGAACUUGCGCUUCUUCCGUCAAGGAGAUCUGCGUCGAGUACGAGGGUACCGUUCCCGGCAAGGAGCCCAAGAAGAUUGGCUCUGGUCCCGGCAAGGCUUGCAAGUACUCUUCCGUCAAGUCUUGCUAA